AUGACAGCCCCUGGGGACGUGUGUGAAGAGUUCCUGCCUUGGCCGACCACUCCAGCUUUUGUACCAACCCUUACGUUGCGCUAUGUUGAUCCAGUGGUAUCAUUUGUGUCGGUUGUCAAUGAGUCGGUGGUUGCGAUCUCCCACUGCCGAAAUUCCCUUUUACCUACUUAUCCUCUGAUCUUGGCAGUUCCAAGUGGUUUUCUCGGUUUGCUGACCAGGCCCACAGUUCGUCACUCUCUUGACAGCAAUACCCUGCUUAUCAACAAUGUUCUCAGUCACAUAGAAAAAAUUACAACAUGGCAAGAUCCUCGAAAAACUAUGAACCACCCGCUGAACCACAUGAGCCACCAUCCUGCCGCUCCCUCCGCACCAGUACCACAGAGGUCCAUGGCGAUGUCUCAGCCGAAUCUUGUCAUGAAUCACCAGCACCAAAUAACGCCCGGCACGGCCGUGUCGCAGCAGAGCCGUCCUCCCCAGGCGCCGCAGCCGGGGCUGAUGAACCUGCCCAGCGCGCUGACCACACAGCAGCAGCAGCAGCAGAAGUUGAGGCUCCAGAGGAUCCAGAUGGAGAGGGAGCGAAUUAGGAUGCGUCAGGAGGAGCUACUGCGACAGGAAGCUGCGCUGUGCAGACAACUUCCCAUGGACUCGGAAAGCAUGGCCCCCCUUCAGACAGCUGUGAACCCACCUGCCAUGACACAAGACAUGAGGCCUAUUACAAAUAACGGAUCCGACCCUUUCUUAAGCAGUGGGCCAUACCAUUCCAGGGAACAGAGUACGGACAGUGGCUUGGGAUUAGGAUGCUACAGUAUACCGACGACACCUGAAGACUUCCUCAGCAACGUAGAUGAGAUGGAUACAGGAGAAACCAUAGCGCAGACGGCAAUGAACAUAAACCCACAACAAACACGUUUCCCUGAUUUCCUCGACUGUCUUCCAGGAACAAAUGUUGAUCUCGGGACUCUGGAGUCGGAAGACUUGAUCCCUAUUCUCAAUGAUGUGGAGUCAGUACUCAACAAAAACGAGCCCUUCCUUACCUGGCUGUAAUCAUUCAAUGCUGGUUUGGCCUACAACGCAAUUCAACACUUAAUUUCCUCUUGAGAUAGAAGUAGAAUAUCUGAAAAUCCUCAAGAGAUACAACUUUACUGCCUUAAUGACUUUUGUUACAUCAUCUUUAUGGUCAGUUUAAUCUCUGCCUGGAUUUGAUUGACACUAACUUAAAUAUAAAAUGCAUACAUAUAUAUAUAUAUAUA